AUGUCCAAUUAUACAACACGCAUUGAGGAAUCGCCACCACCUUUUCCAGCAAACGACGAUCCAGAAGACAUUGGAUACACAUCCACAUUCUGGAUUGGCCUCGGUGUAUCCGUCAUUACAAACCUCAUUCAAGCAUUUGCGCUAUCAUUUCAACGAAAAUCACAUCUCUUGAAUGAUCUCUUACCUCGUGAACUACGACGAAGUGCAUACAAACGGCCCAUGUGGUUAUUUGCAUUCCUCUCUUUUCUGUUUGCAAAUACCGUUGGAUCCAUCUUCUCCAUCGGAUACCUGCCCAUUGUCAUUCUAGCGCCCAUCGGAGCCAUGAAUCUUGCCUUUAACGCAUUUGCCGCAAAUAUUGUGUUGGAUGACCCGCUAUCAAAGCAAAGCAUUCUGGGAACUGCAUUUAUUGCGUUAGGCGCAUUGUUAGUGGGAUUCUUUGGUGUGAUACCCGAGCCAAAUCAUAGCUUGAGUGAUUUGAUCCAACUCUACAAAAAGUCAGGCUUUAUCAUUUAUUUUACUAUUCUGGAAACUAUCAUUGCUGCAUUGAUGCUUGUAACACAUUACCUGGAAUACCGUUGUGUUCAAAUCGAACUCAAGGAGGAAAUGGAGCAUAAGAAGAUACAUGGCUAUCCAUUGACAGAUUUGAAGCGUUGGAUUGGAAUUAGUUAUGGCAUUCUGUCGGGCAAUGUGAGCAGCCAAAGCAUGCUCUUUGCAAAAAGCGGAAUAGAACUCAUUAUUAUAUCCAUUACAUCGCAAGAGAAUCAGUUGCAGUAUCCCUUGACAUGGUUCUUGCUGGUCAUGAUGAUUUUGACAGGUGGACUCCAGCUAUUCUACUUGAAUAAGGGUCUGCGCUUAUGCGACACCAUGGUCCUGAUCCCGCUGUCGUUUUGCGCAUUCAAUGUCUCGUGCCUGUUCAAUGGACUCGUCUAUUACAAUCAAUGGCAUCGAUUUGAGGUUUGGCAGUUGAUGAACGUCAUUUUUGGCGUGAUUGUCACUGUGUUUGGCGUGUUGCUACUGUCAUGGCAGCAGGAGCACAAGUCGGGAGCCGAUGAGAUUGGUACAUUGCUUUCAGAGACAGACCGCUUAGCAGCGGCGGUGGAUGAAGAUGGCUUUGACGAAGAACAAAUCGUUUACACAGAAGAAGACUAUGACGAUGAAGAUGCUGAUCAGGAUUAUGCAUUGAAUCAUUCCCAAGUAAACUUGCUGGUCAAGAAGAAGAAAAACAAGCAUUUGGCCGACAACACGAACGGUAGCAUCCAUCUCUAA